CGUAAAGUACAAUUUAAAAUUUAAGCUCCUGACUAAAUAAUGAUUCCGUAGCCAACUGCUCGGGGAUCUGGGCACCCCAGCGCCUCUGGAGCGUGCAGCGGGGUGUAGGGAAGGGCAGGGGGAGUGGGCGAAGCUGCUGGUUGGUGCCUGAAAUCUGUGCGUUGCCCCUUUAAUUGUGUCCCCAGCCCUCGGGCGUUUCUGUCCAACGCCCACGUCAGCAAAUACCUUUUGUUUCUCUCACGUUGGGGCUACUUGUUUUGGGGCGCAAAGGAACGGCUUCGAAAGGGGGAAUUUCCCCCGCCGAGAACCGGGAAUCUUCCCCCCAGCCCGCGCGCGCGACCCGCCGUUGCGCCGCGGCCCGCGGACAAUCCUUCAUAUACAGACUGUGUCACUUGGACCCUUCUAUUUUUAUUCUAUUCAGCCAGCUUAGCAGGGUUUCAAGAACAGUAUUUAUAAAUUUCCAGAAUGGAGAUCUCCUCUCAUCAGUCUCACCUCCUGCAACAACUGAAUGAGCAGCGCAGGCAGGAUGUAUUUUGUGACUGCAGUAUUCUGGUUGAAGGGAAGGUCUUCAAAGCCCAUCGAAAUGUCUUAUUUGCUAGUAGCGGCUACUUUAAAAUGCUCCUUUCUCAGAACUCCAAGGAGACAAGUCAGCCAACCACAGCGACAUUUCAGGCCUUCUCUCCUGACACUUUUACAGUUAUCCUGGACUUUGUCUAUUCCGGCAAGCUCUCUCUCACGGGUCAGAAUGUCAUAGAAGUGAUGUCAGCUGCUAGCUUCCUUCAGAUGACUGAUGUCAUCAGUGUAUGUAAGACCUUUAUUAAAUCUUCGUUAGACAUUAGUGAGAAAGAAAAGGAUCGCUAUUUCAGCCUCUCUGAUAAAGAUGCCAGUUCUAAUGGUGUAGAACGCUCCUCUUUUUAUAGCAGUGGCUGGCAAGAUGAAAGCAGUUCUCCUCGUUCUCACCUAAGCCCAGAUCAAGGAGCAGGUAUAAUAAGCGGGAAAUCUUGGAGUAAGUAUAAUUACCACCCAGCCUCCCAAAGGAAUACUCAACAGCCUCUGACCAAGCAUGAACAAAGGAAAGAUUCCAUUAAAAAGUCCAAACAUUUGAGGUUGUCACAGCCUUCUGAAAUGACUCAUUAUAAGUCAAGCAAGCGAGAAGCACGGACAUCUGAUUCUUCCAGCCAUGUUUCCCAGUCUGAAGAACAGGCACAGAUGAAUGCCGAAAUGGACUCUACUCCUGUUAGCUAUCAGUAUGGUCAAGGAUCUGAUGUCACGUCAAGAAGUUUUCCAGAUGACCUGCCCAGGAUGAGGUUCAAGUGCCCAUACUGCACACACGUGGUGAAGCGGAAGGCAGACCUCAAGCGCCACCUCCGUUGUCACACUGGAGAAAGACCCUACCCCUGUCAAGCCUGCGGGAAAAGAUUUAGUCGGCUCGACCAUCUAAGUAGCCAUUUUCGAACAAUUCACCAGGCAUGCAAACUUAUCUGCAGAAAAUGCAAGCGCCAUGUGACUGAUCUAACAGGCCAAGUGGUACAGGAAGGAACCAGGCGCUACAGACUCUGUAAUGAGUGCCUUGCUGAAGUUGGCAUAGACAGCCUCCCCAUUGAUUUGGAAGCUGAACAGCAUCUUAUGUCCCCAUCAGAUGGAGAUAAGGAUUCCAGAUGGCACAUGGGUGAAGAUGAGAACAGAUCGUAUGUGGAGAUAGUCGAGGAUGGGUCUGCCGAUCUGGUCAUACAACAGGUGGAUGAUAGUGAAGAAGAAGAAGAAAAGGAAAUAAAGCCCAACAUCAGGUAGCUGGAAUGUGAACCAACAGGGCCUGCAGCUUACACUGACGUUCGUGUGUCACUCUCUUUCCACGGUCAGAGUCUAAUCAACAAAUUAUCAGAUCAACCUAAAAGUAAUGGCCUGACACCACUUGCAUGCUUUCUGAACAGGCCAUUGUAUCCAUUCUGAACUUUACCGCCCUAAAAUCUGUUGCUGCACUAGAAAGAAAGACCUAGCUUGAGUUGACACGCUGGAUGAACAAUUUAAUCCUCUUACUUUUAUUGUGUUACAGAAAUACCUUUUUAAAAAAUAUAUUGAAAAAUCUACUUAGGGAACUUUUUUCAAAGAAAAUAUUUUCAAUAAAUUCACCACAACCAAACUUUAUAUAAAAUAAUUUCAAAGUAUUUCACAAACAUGUAAACUACCACUAUUAAAUUUUCGCAGGGAACUAGGUCAGAGCACAUUUAAGGGUCUGGAAACCUACCUGACUUAACUAAUUAGACUUUCUGUUAACUUUGGAUCUAAAAUGACCUAUCAUAAUUCCAAUAUCCUAAGUGUUUUAGGAUUAUGGCAGAAGGCAAGUCUAAAUGUUUGAAGUCAUUCGUAUUUGAAAUUUUUGUCAUUAAAUUAGAAGUUACUCUUAUGUAGUCAGUAUUUUAAAAAAAAAAAGAAGAAGCUGACCAGAGAUUAUAUAUAGACAUCAUUUUCUUAAAGCAGGAACCUAAUACUGUCAACGUAGUUUUUGAAGAUUGGUCAAUAUAGCUAUCUUCUUCCCUAAAGAAAAAAAAGAGUGAAAACUGGAGGUUCUUACCAGUUCUUAAGAGUAAUUUCCUACAUUUAUAUACUGCUCUAUUAUUUAUAAAGUGCUCUUUCUUGCAUUUCCCCACCUAAUCAGCAAGGUAGAUAGCACUGUCUCUAAUGUACAAAUAAGGAAAUUAAGGUCAGAAAGUGUAAGUGGUGGGACCAGAGAUUGGACAGGUUUUGAUUUUAAAUAGUCCUCUUUCAACUGUCUCUCCUUGAAUUGUCAAACCUCACCAGUCUGCAAUAAUUAUAAAAGAAGCCUGUGAGAAUGAGAACAUAUGAAAGAAGAAGAAUUUAAUCACCUUCAACAACAUAUAAUACCUUGCACUAGAGCUAUUCAAGAAGUGUCAAGCAAUGUCCCUACAGUAUCUAUUGACAUGUUUUUAUGUUAUUUAUAUGUAAAAUUUAUAUAUAAAACUAUUUGAACCAGUUAUUCUCCUAAGUUCUUUAAACAUCUUUGCUUAUGUAAUUUUUUAAAACAAACUUUUCUACUAGGAUACAAAAUGAAGUUUUAACUCCUCCCCUACAUAAAUUAUAAAACAUUCCAAAAUUACAGUCAAAGUGAAGAAGCAUUAUUUUAGUUGUAAAGAUUAAAUACUAAAAGUAAAAAUUGUCCUUCAUAAAAGUCUUGGCAAGUUACCCCAAUUAAGCUUCUUUUAAUUUAAUUUUGAUAGAGAGAGGCUCCAUGUAGUACUCUGUAUUUUUAACUGCCAUGACAUACCUCAAGAUAGUUUUUAUAUUAUUAUUUUCUCUUAUUCUUUAAUUAACGAUUGUCCUUAACACCAAUUUGUGGGCUAAAGUGGUUAAUUUCUUUCAUUUUUUUAAAUUAAUAGGUGAUAACCACUUUGUUUUAUGGUACUUAAUUCUGAUUUUUUUUUUUUCAAGAUUCUCCUGAUGGUAAAUUUCCAGUUGCUUCAAGACUGGAUAGUGUGCAUUGCAUUUGUUGUCUCCCAGUAUGACCAUUCCUGAAUCAGGAGUCUUAACAAUUAAACUGUUACACAUGAGAGAGGAAACAUAAGCAUAAUAUGAUUCUGAACCAUUGGAGCCAAUAAGAAAAAUGACUGAUUUGAGCUUUAUUUAUAGAAAUGAAGUCAUGCGUGCAUGUGUAUACUUUAACGCACUUUAGUCUAUGACCUAAAUGUUCUUUAAUGCUACUAUAUUCUGCAUGCAAACAUCAGCAUGAAUGUCAGCAACGUCCACGGAACACAGUGCCACCAGCACUUGUAGAGCCUUAUCAGAGAUAUGCUUUCUCAUAAUUGUUUAUAACAAGCAUUGAGCAAUCCCCACAAAACAGCUAUCAGAUUCACCAAAUUAGAUAGCACAUCUGUUCUGUUAUUUUAGUAUAUAAAAGAACAUUUGUGACAUGUUUGUAAGUUGUAAAUAAUAGCUACAGGAUCAUAUCAUAUUUAUCUAAGACUUUAGAGACGAAUUCUUUCCUAGAGUGAAACUGUCGAUUAAUGGUUUCUAAGAAAACUGAAUUCUUUGGCUCUUAAAUGUGGGAAAAUGUUACAUAGGGGUAUAAUCUGUUAAUAUAAACUUUAUUUAUGCCAAGAUUUUUUUUAACAUUAGGAAAAUAAUGGAAGUUGGUUAGACCAAAGUUUGCUCUUACAAUAAUGCUGUUUGUCAGCUUCUGAAUACCCUUGUAAGGCUAUGGUCCUCAAGAGUAUCUGGUUGACGGGAUGAAGUUUUGCAAAAAUAAAGCACCACUGCAGUCAUGCCUAGUGUCUGGAGGAAGCAAAAUAGACUAGGUUGGUGGUUUAAAGGGGUUUUUGUUUUUUUUUUUAACUCACGAAACCCUUUCUUCAAAUAAAUUGUUUCGUAGAGAAGUUCAGCAUUUAAAGGAAACUAAUAACAGAGCGGCUCUGGUUAAAGCUCUUUGCAAGCCUUUCCCCACACACUUCUGCAGAGCUCAGGAGUCCAACACUGAAAACCCUGGACUGGAUCACUUUUUAAAUUCCCUGUGAGCAUUACACUCUCACUUUAUUACUCCUGCUACUCCUGGCACUUCUAAGCUGGUAACCAUAGAAUCUCUUAGAGCAGCAAAUCACAUCUUUACAAGGUUUCCUCUAGAGUUACCACAUCUUAAGACCUUUUUCAGAACAAAUUUUUCAAUAUUGUAUGUUUGAAUGAUGAAAUCAAACAUGGUUACUUCUUUUAUGUGGCCAAGUUACCACUGAAUGGAUAAAAAGUUUAGUGUUUCAGUUACUUAUGAGCUCAGAACUCAAUUCAUUAAAGUUAUUUUGCCAAGUCUUGCUAAGAUGUAUUGAAAUUUCCACUCAUACUGGUUAUAUGUAUUUGGAGUCCUAAACUUCAUGCUGUGGAAAAAAUCACUAAAAAAAAAAAAAAAUAGCAUAAGAUGUGUUUAACUGGGAAGCUUGAUAUUAGUAGGUACUGGAGGACCAAACUUUAUAAAUGGAAAGUUGUAUGUUAUUUUAUAUUAGAAUGGAUCAGUAUUACUAUUUAUCAUUUAUAUAGCGUUUUAUAUUUGCAAAGUAUUUAAUAAUUUUUAUGUUAUUCUUUAAGUAUCUAUGAAAUAGGAUGUUUAUCACAUGAAAGGUAAAGAAAUUAAGGCACAGAACAAUAAAGCAACCUACCUAAGACAACCCAGUGAAACAGUGCAGAAAUUGGAAUUAGAAUAAUCAGAUUUUCUGAAUCCUAGAAUAUCAGCUUAAAUCACUGAGGUGUGUUGUGUAUUACUCUAUUUUAUAAGAUGAGUUUAUACAAGUAACAAUUGUUUUAAAGCUGACGUCAUUGUAUGUGGAUAAUAAAUCCUAUACAGAAUAAAUAUUAUGUAAAGGGUG